AUGGAGGAGUCAUCAGGAUGUGAUUACGAAGUGUUUUUGAGCUUUAGAGGAGCAGAUACUUGUACGGACAUUGCCGAUUACCUUUACGUCGGCAUGAUUGAUGCUGGAAUUCGAGCAUACAGGGAUGAUGAAGAGCUCCGUACCGGGGAAGAGAUAGGCGACCAGCUUCUCCAAGCAAUUCGGCAGUCAAAGAUCUCAAUACCAAUCUUUUCUACAGGAUAUGCUGAUAGUCCAUGUUGCCUUAGAGAGUUGGUCAAGAUGGUGGAGAGCAAGAACACAAGGGGACAAAAGAUCAUGCCCAUUUUCUACAAUGUCGCACCAUCUGAGGUCAAAUACCAAAAUGAGCACUACGGCAACGCCAUUGUUUCUCAUUUAAACAAGAAGCGAUUCGAUGAUGAGACUAUCAACAACUGGAAGGUUGCUCUUAAAGAGGUUGGAGAACUAAAGGGAUGGGAUCUCCAUAGCAUGCUAAACAGAGGCAAAGGUGAAUUUGUGAAAGAAGUUGUCAAUGAUGUUUUGACUGAGUUGAAAAAUGCUUACUUGGAAAUAUCUGAUUGCUUUGUCGAAGUAGACAAUCAUGUGGAUGAAAUCAUGAGCAUGAUAGGUGCACACAACCAUGAAACAAAGAUUGUUGGAAUCCAUGGUAUGGGUGGCGUGGGAAAGACAACUCUUGCCAAAAUAGUUUACAAUCAACUUUCUAAUGAUUUUGUUCAUUAUUGCUUCCUUUGUGACAUUCGAAAAACAAAGAUUACACGCUUGCGGAAUCAACUCUUAUCGGACAUCCUUAAAAGAAAUGGCUUGAUAUCAACAAUGUCAUGGAAGGGAAAAAGGAGAUAA